UGGGUCGUUUCGUUUAAGUUGAUUUCUAUCCUUAACUUUUUCCUUUUUUGGGAGUGUCUCGUUCAAUUUUGUAGAUUUGGUAAAAAUGCUUCUUCAAAAUGAGGUAGUUUUUGUUUAUUCAUUUAUUCUGUUGGUGGGUUCUAAAGGUAUGCUUCCUGUCAUGAAAUAAUACAAGGGAGAAAAAAAAAUUAGUCGAAAUUAUUUAGUUCUUGUAGUUAUUGUGGUGACGCUUGACUAGUUCGAGUUAGAGUAAAAGUGUUCUUUAAAUUGAGUUACAGGACCGUUUGAGCUCCAGUUUCGAAUAUGUACUAAGCAGCAUAAAAAAUGGCGGUAGCUUAACUUGACUAGAUUGCAGUCCUAUUAAAUAGAAUAAUUAAUAGUUGAACCAGAGGUCAAUUGGAACCAGAUAUGUUGAAUAUCUCUAGUAUUUUGUCAUUUUUCUUGUUGCUAACUGGCUGAUUGUGCAGCUGACACCUGAAUAGGUUCAUUGCUGAAUUAUGCUAUAUGAGUGGGCACAACUUGAUGAGAUGUGUAUAUCCUUAGUUAACCAGAUAAAAAAAUAAAUUGAUUCACUUUGAUUAGUAAUUUUAUUUGAAAGAAAAAACUGAAGCUUUAUGAACUCUGGCUAAAAGACAUUAAAAAUUGCUAGCUGAAUCGCUGAUCUUAUAGCCAGCAGAGUUAAAUAGGAGUCGCAUAAAGAUGAUAGUCAAGGGAGGGGAUCGUGUAGUGAACUUCAUGCUCUAUUUUGACAUUGGUUUGUUCAUGUUUGGAAAAACUCAACCAUUACCAAACUAUUUGGAUGUAACAAUCUCUGUGUUUCCUUUGUCGAAUUGUCAUUAAACUUGUAACUUGAGGCGAAUCUGCUAAUGUUAUCAACUUUUAGAGUUUGUCGACUCCAUAUAUCACUACAUAUAUUUAUUUUGUCAAUUUUAGUUCCAAAAUAGCUGCUAGAAGUCGUCAAUUUUAGUUGUGUGGCCCUUUCUUAAUAAAUAGUUUAUCCUAGUUUUGUUGAUUUUCUGGAGCUGAAGUGUCAAUUUGGACGAGGUUGGCACUUAUGCUUUUAGGAAGAUUAAAAUUUAUAUUUGUUGUAAGAGAUUUAAAUUUUCCUAACCAUGGAUUUCUGGUUUAGAUCAGAGGUGGAUCAUAACUUUCUCUGAUUGUAACUGGAGUUGUGGUGUUCAUGGUUUGGGUUUGGGUCGAUAGUAAGGCUGCUAGCAGUUCAAUGUGCCAAGGGAAAUAUAAUAUAGCACUCCACUUCCACUGUCAUUGGCUGGAAACUAGAGCCUUUUCUGCGGUCAAUGUAGAAAUCCAGAAUUACAAACUUAUGGCGCCAAAUCCUAAGUUUGCAAAGGCUUACAAGGCUAUGAGAGCUCUCGGUUAUCCUCAGCAUAUUGUAAAACCUGUAUUAAAGAGUCUUUUGGACGUGUAUAACCAAAAUUGGCAGCAUAUUGAGGAUCAGAACUAUACUGUUCUGGUGGAUGCUAUUCUUGAGAGUGAGGAAUGCAAGGAAAGGGAACAGCAGAAAUUCCACUUAGUAGAUGAGCCAGAAGAGGAUGAGCCACCAUUGAAAAAGUCAAGAUUGAGAAGUCAAGCUGUUCAAGCUUUGUCUUCUCCUGGUGAUUCCAGCCCAAGUUUUAAAGGAACUAUGGAUAAGCCAGUUCAUCAUGUUGAAUAUGUAAUUCCUGAAUCUAAUGGGAAGGAAAAGAUGAUUGAGUCGGUUCAUGUUCAUCUCUUUGAUAAUGAAACAGAAGCCAAGGUCCUGUCUCCGGUGCCACAUUAUCGAAGAGAAGUGAAAACCACUACUCCAAAUUCUUCUUCAGGAUCAAAACCAAAAAAGAAAAUUCAUGUGUCGGCUCAUGAUAAAACCAACGAGUCUGAUUUGCUCUCACCAGGAACACAACUUAAUGAGAAUUGUGAUACUUACACCUCCUGUUCAAUCGUUCCCAGAAUGGUAGAUGAAACAGGUAAAAAAGAGCUGUUGCCUGAUGACCUAUCAGAGCUUGAGGUUCCUCUCUCUGUAGUUCUUCCUGAUAAUGUGGAAUUGUUGACUCAAGGUGAUUCUUCUAAUGCAAAAGAACCUUUUUCAACAUCACUUGAACUGAUUGAUCUUGACAUGGAAGAUCCAUCUGCAUUCUCUCUAUGUUAUGAAGAUGAAUCUUCAAGUGGAAAGGAUUCUCUUCCUCAAGGAAAUCGUCUGGAAUAUGAAUGUUCAGUUGCAACAAAAGAGGAAAAUAAAUCCUCAACCUCUUCACAAAUAGACAUUGCUUCUUCUUCCAGCGGGGAGGUUAAACUUUCUAUAAUCUAUGAAUCUUCCCUUCCAUCAAAUUUUUGUAUUCCAAGUUUAGAUGCCCUCUUUAGGCGGAUGGAGGAAAAGCUUCAUAAAUCAUACAGAAUCAAUCAAUCUGGUUUCUCUGUGAUGAAUCUGAUGAAAGAUAUAUGUGAGGGCUUUUUAGCAGUGGGGACCAACACCACUCUUGAUGAUGGAGUAAGUUCUGCUGAUGCACAUGCCAAUCCAGUUGCUCCUAGAAUUUUAGAUACUCAAGAUGUUUUAAAUAGGAAUGUCAGUCAUCAAGUUGGUUUUUGCGUUGCGCCGAAUAUUUCACUGGGGUCUGUAGAGUUUCAAAGCCUAAAUGAAGCUCCACCCAAGAUUCCAAAGUUUCAAAGUUUGAAUUGUUUUAACUUAAGCCGCUGCAAGAUAGAUUUAACCAUGCAGGGGUCCUUCAGUGAACGGAACAAAAACAGUCUAGCACUUGGAGACCAAAAAUCUUCAACUUCAACCAGUAUGGUGAUUGUUCAGACGCAACAUUUUUCUAAUGACAUGCUCAGUUCUGCUUAUUAUAUUGAUGAUAUUACAAGAGGGGAAGAGAAUUUGGAGAUUUCAUUGAUAAAUGAAAUUAACAAUGAGCAUCAGCCUAUUUUUAAGUACAUUCCCAGAAACAUCACUUAUCAAAGUGCGUAUGUUAAAUUUCUUCUUGCUCGUAUAUCUGAUGAGAAUUGCUGUUCCAAUUGCUUUGGAGAUUGUUUAUCUUCCAAAAUCCCUUGUGCUUGUGCUGGUGAAACUGGUGGUGAGUUUGCUUACAUGCCAGGGGGUAUUGUUAAAGAAAAGUUUCUUGAAGACUGUAUGUUGAUGAAUCGGAGUCCCCAGCAGAAAAAUCUUUUCUACUGUCAAGAGUGUCCACUAGAAAGGUCCAAAGAUAAAAACUUAUCUGGCAAAUGCAAGGGCCAUCUUGUCAGGAAGUUUAUAAAAGAGUGCUGGUAUAAAUGUGGUUGUAUUAAGGAUUGUGGCAAUCGCGUUGUUCAGCGAGGCAUAACAUGCAAAUUGCAGGUGUUUAUGACACCCGAAGGAAAAGGAUGGGGUCUUAGAACCCUUGAGGACUUGCCUAAAGGUGCCUUUAUUUGUGAGUAUGUGGGAGAAAUAGUGACCAACAUGGAACUUUUUGACCGAAAUUCACAACACACUGGAAAGAAGCACACAUAUCCUGUGCUGCUAGAUGCGGACUGGUGUACCGAAGGAGUCCUGAAGGAUGAGGAAGCCCUUUGUUUGGACGCUACCUUUUAUGGAAAUGUUGCUAGAUUUGUCAAUCACAGAUGUGACGAUGCAAACUUGGUUGAGAUUCCAGUUGAAGUGGAGACUCCAGAUCAUCACUAUUACCAUCUUGCUUUUUUCACGACAAGGAAAGUUGAUGCUUUUGAAGAGUUGACGUGGGACUAUGGCAUUGACUUCAGUGAUCAUACUCAUCCAGUGAAGGCUUUCAAGUGUGGCUGCGGUAGUCAAUUCUGCCGAGACAAGAAAUCUUUGAAAAGUGUUAGAUCCCGCGGAUAAUUCUCAGAGAAUGAAGCUGGAAAAGGGUGUCCAUGCUUCGAUAUGCUGUGUUGCAAUCUUUUUUGCUUGUUUUUAAGGUGGUCUAUGCUAAUUAAGAGAUCAAUUGCAUGUAGUGUUAUGCACCAUACUUAGUCAUACUUCUGUCAAAUUCUCAACAGUGGCAAGGGAUAACGGAUGUAGUUGGCGUGCGUAGUACAGAAUUGGUUGAUUAAAAGAAUUUCCAUGUUGAGAGUACAGCACUCUAUGACUCUGUACAAACACAUAUGGUUUCAGUUGCUAAAGUUUAUUGGUUUAAGGGCGCAUACAGUUAUGUACAAUACAUUUGUCCUUUUUGUCAA